GUUUUACUACUGCUCAUAUAUAUUUAUAUCAACAUGUGAAUGACCGUACUUUUACGAAUUAAACUGGUUACUUAACUAGCCUCGAGUAUUAAUCUUUGUCUGAAAUCAUGCAUGUUUGUCGUAAACUUUUAGAGUGAUCACGGAGUCACCUCAUUUUAAUGACAUGAUCUAUUACUCUCGAAAUAGUAUAAAAAAGAUAGCUGAAGACUUGUUACACUUUGAGCAAGAGAAUGACGCCAACUCACGUGUUGUCUAUCAGCACUGUGCUAAUUUUCUUAUUUUCUACGUUGAUAUUGGAGACGAAAACCAAUACAAGUGAACAACAAACGGAAACACGUUUAUUACAAGGAGAUUAUUCCUCAUUACUAUGCCUUAGACUGUUUAGUGAAAUAAAUCUAAGAGGUUACUGGUAUGAUAUGUGCGAUAGCAAUGAAGCAAUCUCAUCAAAAUUAGCAUGGGAUACAAGAUCUGCAUGUUCACCUGAAAUGGUUUGGUUUUUGCCUAGAAGAUAUUGGUUAUUGUAUGAGCGACCUGAAUUCCAUGGUAGAUACCUUCUGCUCAGUCCCGGUCAGUGCAUUUAUAAUAUUCCACAGUAUGGUUUGCGAGCGAUCAGCUCUAUUUUGAAAUGUACUCAAGCUUCAGCAAAUAAUCCUUCUCUGCAAUGUCAGUAUCCUCCACAACCAUGGAAUCAAUAUGCUCCAGUGUCUGGACCAGCUGUCCAACAGUUAUCAAGCAGAGAACUGCUGAAUUCCUCAUCCACAGAACCAAUGCAGCUUGGAUCGCAACCAUCACCAUUAGCAUCUACCAAUCUCACAUUCUUACAACAAGGCAGUGUUAAUUCAAAUAACACUGGAGUGUAA